UGUAUACGACUGUCUCCCCCCUACACCACACAGAGUUGAAUCUACCUCAACACUGCAUAAAAGUCAAAUAGAUGGAAAGUUGUUUGAUUUGUGGAUCGGAAUCGUGUUGCUAAAUUGAGUGGUGUAGCAUUCGAAAUUCUUCGAACAUAAGGCUAUGGAAGAAGUGAUAACAGCAACAUGCAUUGCACCGAUAAAUAUUGCGGUCGUAAAAUAUUGGGGAAAACGAGAUGAUAAACUGAUACUACCAGUGAAUGAUUCAAUUAGCGGUACCUUGUCUACGGAUCAGUUAUGUGCAAAGACAACAAUCGCAGCAUCUCCAACAUACACCGAGACCAAAUAUUGGUUGAAUGGAAUCGAAGGCGACUACAAAUCGAACGUACGAAUGAAAAAUGUUAUCAAAGCAAUGAAAAAAUUGGCAAAGAAAAAAUGUCCAAAGAAUAAAGCCUUGAAGUACAAAUUGCACAUAUGUUCUAUCAACAAUUUUCCAACGGCAGCUGGUUUAGCGUCUAGUGCGGCUGGAUAUUCAUGCUUAGUUUACACAUUGGCCCAAUUGUACGGAAUAGACAAUGAAGAUUUAACACCAAUAGCCCGAGUGGGUAGCGGUUCAGCGUGUCGAAGUCUGAACGGCGGCUUUGUACAUUGGCUGAAAGGUGUCAGUCCGACCGGUGAGGAUUCGGUGGCCGUGCAGCUAUGCGAUGAAAACUAUUGGCCCGAAAUGCGAGUGUUGAUCAUUGUCGUGAACGAAGGGAAAAAGGCGGUCAGCUCAACGAGUGGCAUGAGUUCGACGACCACCACAUCGGAAUUGUUCAAUUAUCGGAUUAUGAAAUGCGUUCCGGAACGCGUUCGAUUGAUGAAGAAGGCGAUUGCUGAACGAAAUUUCAAGGACUUUGGUGAACUGACAAUGAAAGACAGCAAUCAGUUCCAUGCAGUUUGCUUAGACACUUAUCCUCCGUGUGUUUAUAUGACGGACGUUUCGCAUAGGAUAGCCGCUAUAAUCCACGGAUACAAUAAGAACGCUGGUGAAACUUGUGUGGCAUACACAUUUGACGCUGGUCCGAACGUUUGCGUUUAUUUGUUGGAAAAAGAAGUUCGUAGAUUCGUUACCAUGUUGGCUGCCUUCUUUCCUUGCGAUGCAUACGACGAAGGGAAAUUCGUUCGUGGCAUUCCAAUCAAAUAUCUUAGUAAAAUAUCAGAAGAGUAUAUGACAAAUCUGGGAGGAUCUUCGUACAUAGAACGGGAUAGAGUCAAAUAUAUCAUUCAUACAAAAUUAGGCAGCGGUCCGAAAAGACUCGAUGAUCCAGAUGAUUCGCUGCUGGGCGCAGAUGGUUUACCGAAAGCAAAUCCAAAAGUACAAUCUAGUAUUGAACAAGAGGCAAGCGCUCCGCCGUGCGAACCGCACGAGGUUCCACCAGAAAAUGUUAUGUAUUUGGGAGUACCAUGGGGACCGCAAUGGGCCGAACAAUGGCUGGCGCAAUGGGGUAAACCAAAUGGUGCCUCCUGGGGAGGACAUGGAUUCCCGUUUGGUGCUCCGCCAGGUAUUGCAAUAAAAAUGGAUGCGGCUUUAAUGUCAAAAGUGAAAAUCGAGUCAACCGAAUCUUCCAAAUCGACGUCUUCAUCGAAUGAAUCGGACGAUGCAACGACGUCGGCCGAACGACCAGAUCGUCAAAAUGCCUUCCAAGAUUUAGAAUCGAAAGCAUCAACGUUGAAUAAAUUAAUGGACGUGGACGUCGAAAUGAACCGAAUGAAUCAAUAGGCACACGGUGCGACAUUUUUCUAUUUAGGCAACCAAAGGGCAACCCGUAAGAGCAAAUUUUAAGCGAACAUUUUGACAUGACUUCUGUGAAAUUAGUUUUCCGUGAAAUGUUUUACGAACGACGGGUCAGGAUCGGAUUAAGCUUUUUGGCGUCGCUGUGCUGUGAUGGUCUUCCAUCCAAAAGAAUCAAAGACUUCGAUUCGUUCACAGCUAAGAGAAAUCCUGGCCAGUUGGCAGAACGAGUAACUGAACUAUCAGCAGAACUUGGUAACUAAUUGGCCAGGAAUGAUAGAACAUUCGAUAUUUGUAACGCUUUGUCAACGGACCAAACUGAGGAUCAUAUGAGUCAGUGUUAUUGUUUGUACUGUGCUUGUGGACAUGUAAUUUAAACGUUGACAGGUAAUUCCAUUUUCAACUUCGAUUUUCUGAUGUCAACUUACAGCCACUCUCAUUUUCAAUAAUGACAGCAUAGUAUGAUUGUAUACACAGGUCCCGUACUAAAAUUAAGUCCUAGUGCUUGGUUCUGUUGAGGUGCGUUGAGGAUGUUCAAUAUCUUUUAUCUGUCGUCUGUCGUUUCAACGUUUUCUUACCUCAAACGCAAACAUUUGUUCGAAAAUCACAAUUGGCAAAACGUUUCAAAAUUUCACAGCACUGAGCUUUAUUCAGCACAUAGAUUAAUCCGAGACUGCCUACGUCAACAAUACUUUGAUAUUUUUGAUGGCAUUACCUCUUCUUAUGAGGAUUUUUUUUAAUCAUAUUUGGAUUUUAUACUACAAAAAGAAAGAAA